AUGGGACUGGGUGAGAUACCAUAUAGGACUAGUACAGUGGCUAUGGACACACCUGUCAUGUCCAUCACAAGUUUUGACAAAGAUGGGGAUGAGUGUGAGGAGUUGGGAGAGGACAAUAAUGAGGAGAUUGAAGUUGAUUAUAGGCACAACUAUUGGGAGGACGAAGACGAAGUCUAUCAGGAGUUCGAGGAGUUGGACUUCGACUCCCUGCCGGAUCACCCGGACACACACAGCAUUGCCUCGGACGAUUCUUUCUAUCCCCCAGACAAUUCUGUUUUGCCUGACUUGUACCGCCCGCCGAGCCCCGACAGCCCUGAGCCCAUUUCCUUCUUUAAAGCCUGCUGCAACAACAAUGCCAUCAUUGUCAAGAUUAUGAUCAGACAAGGAGUGACUGAAGAGGAAGUGAAAGAGACGGAUCGAAACAGAAGAUCUGGUCUGAUUGUGGCGUGCUACCAUGGCUACGUGGACGUGGUCAUUGCCCUUUCUCAUUGCCCGUAUGUUGAUGUUAACUGGCAGGACAACGAGGGCAACACCGCUCUCAUCACUGCAGCACAAGCAGGUCAUGUGUACAUCUCAAACUACCUGCUCAACUACUUCCCUGGGAUGGACAUCGAGAGGAGGAAUUGUCAUGGCUUCACAGCUCUGAUGAAGGCUGCCAUGCAGGGCCGGGCUGAGUGUGUCAGGGCUCUCAUGCUGUCUGGAGGUGAUAUUCAGGCACGGGACAGCAGCCGCAGUAUGACACCCAGGGAGUGGGCUCUCUUCACUGGUCGAUACGAGACGGCUGAUCUGAUGCUUCGGCUGAUGUCAAAGCCCUGUGCUGAGCAGUUUUGUGACUCCUUUUCCCUGGAGUGGCCCAUGUUGGAGGAGCUGGUGGCCAAGGCCCAAGAGCCAAAGUCUUGCUGGAGGCGUUUGAUCAACUACCUUUCCUGCUGCCCUUAUGGGCUUAACAACAACAAGGUAAACCCUGUGGAUGAUGGCGUUCUUGACCACAUGGUACGGGUCACCACCAGCAUCUGCAAUCCAGUCAUUGCCACAGCUUGCCGCACGGUGUGUCCAGGCAGCCCACCGUGCAUUGGAAAGCGUCGUCAGGCCGUGCAGGAGAUCCUAAGGAGGCAAAGGAUAUCUGAGCUGAAGCGUCUGGGCCCGGACAGAUUGAACAACUACAAGAGAUUUUUCCAGAACUCGCGGGUCCUCCUUAUCCCCAAGGCAAGGGACCGGAGAGCCAGCCUGCAGCCUCAGCUGCUGAACAACGUGGCUGCAGUGGCCAUUAGACGAGCAAGCCUCCUGCCUCUGAAUAUGCUGAGGAGAAGCAGCGUGCGGCCAGGCAUGGUGGUGCCCAAAGUGAGGCUUUGCAAAGCCCCAGCUCCAAGCUUCAUACCAGAAAAACUAAGACGGAGCAGAAACCGUAACCAGCUCCAGAUCCCCAAGUGGGACUACAAGAUGAAGAGAAUAGAGAAGAGGCAAGAGGAGGAGAGGCGACGACUGUUACCUCUGAUAAGGAGGAGAUGA